AUGGCUCCUUCUCAGACCAAGUCCAAGAAGUCCUCUCAGGACAACGUUAAUUCUAAGCUGCAGCUUGUCAUGAAGUCUGGUAAAGUGGCUCUUGGCUUGAAGAGCACACUCAAAAACAUGCGCAGUGGCAAGGCUAAGCUUGUGCUCAUUUCUGCGAACACCCCUCCUCUGCGCAAGUCUGAGAUCGAGUACUACGCUAUGCUCUCUAAAACCGCUGUGCACCACUACAAUGGUUCCAACAUUGCUCUGGGCACUGCUGCUGGUAAACUUUUCCGCGUUGGCGUCAUGUCCAUUAUCGACUCCGGUGACAGUGACAUCCUCACCACCGUGGUUGCCUAA